AUGGAAGUUGUUGGGGCGGUAGCCAGCUUCAUCGCCAUAGGCCAAGCCGUCGGCGGCGCCCGCCAUAUCGUUCACAUUGCGCGAGCGAUCCCAGGCAUAGAGAGCGAGAUGAGAUGGCUUCACAACGAGGUCGAAGCUCUCAGAUUGAUCAAAGCACAGAUUGCUCAGGAGGGUGCGGUUACUGAUGGAUCAAAAUGCGAGACACCUUUACUAGAGAUAGCCAUGCUCCAGCUUACAGACUCAACGAGAAGCCUCGAAGAGAUCUGCAAGCGCUGCACACGAGCUGUGGAUGCCGACGGCAAAGUCAAGGUCAAGAAGGGAGCUUGGCUUUGGUUGCAAUCCGAGCUCUCCGACUGUCGGCGUAAGGCGCGUGAAGCCAGAGACAACCUUCAAAUCGCGCUCCUCGCGGUCAAUAACCAAUCAAUCAAACAAGUCGCUUUGCGAGUAGAGAGCAUUGAGCUCCGGCCGAACAGGGGACUACUCCAAGAUACUUCAGGACCUGCAGACCAUCAGGAGAGCUCGACCCAGACACGGCCAACAACAAUAGAUGAUAUGGAAGAGCCGGAAGCACCAGAACUCGACAGCACUCCACAACAGGUAGCCGAGGAUAGCAAGCAAGACGCGUUGGCGAGGCUUCAAUCAUUCCCGACCAUCGAGCCAUCAACUCCUGAAUCCUCUCAUGUGGUUGUAAAGACCUCGGCCUUUCUGCGCAAAGUGUACCGAGAGCAGCUGCAGAGGCAAGGCCAGGACAUCGGUGACAUUCGAGUACCGAUUCCCGAGUUGGCUAUGCUCCAGAGCAGUCCAGCGACCGGAUCAGCUGAUGCACUCGCCUACAUGCUCCAGCUUUGGGAAGACCAGAUUCGAAACGAUAAUUUUGAUGUCUCCUGGUUCUAUAAGGCGCACAACAAGAUUGAGACCUCGCUUGAUCUACCUGACGAAACGACGCAGCUUCUCCGCCGAGUUCUGUCUGCAGGCGAAGAUUAUGUGAAUGCCAGCCAAACACCGCUACAUGAUGCCGUCUCCAAGAACGACAUCGAUGGUGCAGUUCGAGCUGCAGCAGACUACAAUUGGGCCAUCAAUCAGUGGAACUAUGACGGCCAAGCACCGAUACAUAUCGCUGCGAUACAAGGCCAUCUCGAUAUCAUCAAACAACUUGUACGUUCAGGAUGUAAUGUCAACGAGGUCAACUGGCAGGGUAGGACUGCCCUGAUGCUUGCGUCCGUCAGUGGCCAUGUUCUCACCGUACAAUACUUGAUUGACGCUGGUAGCUUUUUGGAUGCUACUGGCAGAACUGGUCGCACUGCGAUGGCUGCUGCUGCUAAAGAGGGGCACAACAACCAGGCCACUAUCAUUCACGCUCUGAUCUUUGCGGGUGCAUCAAUAAAGAUCAAUGAUCAAGGUGGCUAUAAUGCCAUCCAUUACCUAACUUCAUCCAACAACGAAGCUUGCAUUAUCCGAAAGGGCUUGAAAAUCCUCCUGGAAGCUGGUUCAGACAUCGAGUCACGGACUCAUUGGGGAGUUACCCCGCUUUUCUUGGCGAUUGAGCGUGGGGACCUAGCUGGCGUGCAGUGCCUGAUUGAGGCAGGAGCUAAGACGACGACGACUUGCUCGACAUGGAUGGGAUUUAAUUUGCUUCACCAAGCAGCUUUUUUUGGAACCACUGAGACGAUUCGGUACUUGUCAACGCUCAAUCUGGCAAGAAUUGAUACAGAAAUGCUUGAUCUUUACAAAUCCACACCCUGGCGCUGCUUUAUUUACUCCUUGCACAUGGAUGAUUGGGAUCGGACACGGAGUCUCCAGCCAACUCCAGAACGAGAAGAGGCGUUUGUUUCUCUCUUGAAAUCGAUAAGAGACAGAAACUUGAUUGCUGAGAAGGAGCGAUUGACUUGGUUACGCCAAUAUUUGAAAGACAGAGACCAUCGAGGCGCCACGGCUGCAUUAAGCCCACUGAUCAAGCACAGUGAAGAGUGGAAACAAUAUGAGCUUCUGGGUACAUAUAAAACUAUCGGCUUGCAGAUCCGGGAACAGAUGUGGGAGGCAGCAGUGGAGUCCGUGGACGAGGUUGUCGACACUUUGCGAGAGAAAAUGGCCGCAUCCCCGUGGGACACCGAGUCACGCUAUGAUCCCGAGACUGAUACGGAUUCAGAUGAAGGGGAGAGCGAUCAGACCGAGUCUGUUGAAUCUGAAAAUGAGGACUGGGAAAUCAAUAGCAGUGACGAAGAGGAUGAAUUGUGA